UGUAAUUAAUUACUACUAGCAUAGAGGAAUAGCAGGCAACAAAUUGGUGAGGUUCACAAUUUUAAAACACAAAAUGGCCACGCUAGGCUUCAACCACACACCAAUCCCAUCAAUUUCAAAAUCAUUAAUUCAUCUUCCUCCCAAAACCCACCUCAAAUUCUCCAAAACCCAAUCAAAAUCUCUUCUCUUUGCAACAAAUAACAACCAAAUUCAACAACCCACUGACCCAGAACCGCAAACGAAUGGGUCACCGGAGAACGGCGGCGAUGACGGUGGCGAUGAAGAAAAUAAUUUGAAAGGAAAUAGAAAGAAUCCGCUGUUCAAUGUGAAGCUGGGUGAUUUAUUUCUGGACCCGGAUCCUGAUAACAUAUUGGCCGUUGGAUUGACGGGUGUACUGGCUUGGGCAAGUGCUCAAGUUCUGUGGCAGCUUUUUAUUGUUUCAUUUGCUAUUCUCACUGCUGCUCUCAAGUAUUCCUUUAUUGCUGCUCUUCUUGUUUUUAUUCUUAUUACCCUUCUUUGAUCUAUACAUUUUGAUGUGUUGUUUA